AUGAUGAAGAUGGGCCAUGAAAAGGGCCAGCCCGUAACGAUCGACCUGUUUUUUAGGAGACACAAGAGCUUCGACAUGGGGCCCAUGACCUUCGCAAGGGAUGCCACGAGCUUGAUGCCCUGCUUUAAUUGCUCAGUUGUUUCAGGAAUAUAUGAAAAUGAUGAUGCAAUUCUAACAUCCAGAGACACUACAUUGUCCAUGAAUUAUUCACGCUCUCUCUCUCGAAGGACCAGGUUUCUGAAAGGAGACAAUAAUUUUGGAACUCAUGGUAAUGGAGAUGUAUUGUACAGACCUGGAUCAGUUGAUGGAGGUGAGGAUGGGACAAUGGAAACACAUGAUGAUGCUACAUCCAAUGGAUAUACUCCUUCCAUGAGGACAAAUGGUGGUUAUAAUAGUGGGAAGGAUGCAAAAGUUGUUUCUCGUCAAAUUCCCAUGUGGUUAUCAGAUUCCACUCCUGACGAAUUUGUUGAUGCAAUAAGAAAGAGUGAUGCUUCUUUACAUGUAAAGUAUUUACAGACUAUGGUUGAAUGCCUCUGUAUGCUUGGGAAAGUUGCUGCUGCAGGUGCUAUAAUAUGCCCAAUAUUGCGUCCUACUAUCCAUGAGAUUAUUACUACCAAGAUCAAAGCACAGGCAGGAUGUUUCAAUGGGGCGAGGCCUAGUCUUGGCCAUGCUGCCUUGCCUACUGUUGCAGCUCUACACUAUCUCAAAGGGCGGCUAGAAACUCGCCAUUUGCCAAAGCAGAAACGUCAGAAUGGGGUUUCACUCUCUGGAGCUUUAACGACAGUGAGCCCUGUCUCCCCUGUAAUGUCGCCAGCUGGAGCAGCUCAAGAACUUCUUGACUCCAUAUUAGACACGGUCGUUAGGAUCUUUGAAAACCGUGUUAUUGUUGGUGAGCUACUUGAGUCAAUGGCUUCACAACAAGUUAACAUGAACACUCCAAAAGCAAUGGCUGCUGAUGUCAGUUGGAGUCACGAUUCUGAUGCUUCUCAUGAUACUGGUGGCUAUACGAUUGGCUUUUCCUUAACUGUUCUACAGAGUGAGUGCCAACAACUAAUAUGUGAAAUCUUACGGGCAACUCCUGAAGCUGCCUCUGCUGAUGCUGCUGUUCUAACUGCUAGACUCCCUAGCAAGGCCCCUCUAAAGAUAAGAGGGAUGGAUCAGAAGAUGGUCUCACCUUUGCAUUUCGCUUUACAGAUGUUACUAGUGUUUUCGUUCCUAACCAGGAUAUGA